UCGUGCGCGAGGUGUAUAAAGCAAACGAUUUCCAGUGCUUGAGACACGGACAUUCCGACUGCCUCUAUACAAAUAACUCGCUCUAUAUAUUAAAAGCAUACACAUAGUGAAUUAAUAAAUAUCUCAACAAGAUAAUUUAAUCAUAUCUAUUUCAAACGAUCUAAUCAGCAAUAACAGCUUUUACUUUUGAGGAAUACAUUUUAUAUCAAGUUUACCUUUCUAACAAGAAAGAAAAAUGCUCCUGACAAAGUAUUCUAAGAUGUCUGCUUCUAUUGUUCCCUACAGUGCAGUCUUGUGCGGUGGACGCAGUGUUGUUGUCGAUGCAAUGACCAAAGCUCAGGUUCAUGAGAUGUACACCCUUGUACAAGAUGCCGCCCAAGCUGGUCUUGGGUUUGGUGCGGAUGAAUACACAGAUGAAGAGGAGUUUCUGGAGGAUAUCGAAGACGGGUUCCAGUUUGCGGUCAUGGACAAAGACUCUGGGGAAAUGGUGGCUGCAUUUGUUCUGGCCGUUAGCAAAUACUCCCGGGGCUGCCUAACAGCGGACCCUUUCAUAGUGGUCAAGCCAAACAUGAGAGGAUACCGACUUGGCUCGUUCUGCAUGACCACAUGCGUCAAAUUCGCCAAGGAGCUUGGAUUCAUGGGGAUUUACUGUGACACUUUCAGUAACAACACACCUAUGAUCAAAAUCGUGGAGAGCCUGCCAGGCUUUCAAAAGGUCGGCUGUUUGCCCAUGGGUGGCCUCCUUAAAGAUGGACAGAUAGUUGGAACUGAAAUAUAUUAUAAGGAUCUUCGCAACGAUCAAGGUUAAGAUUGCUGUGUCUUCGUGUACGUACUCCGGAACGAAAUCGCCUCACAUCUGCUUCAACCAGCCCACACAACACCCACAUGAGAAUAUUGUCUGGCGCUGUUGUGAUUUCGGAUAACACUCUAAGUCCUUUGUCGUCACGCUGCCAUGAUGUUCAGUAUCACACUAAUACUAUUGACAUUGACCACAUCAUUAUUGUCAAAACAGAAUAUCGCAAUACAUCGGCAACACUCUUUGGGUUGUUUUGGGCUUAGAUUGGUAUGACUACCCUCUGGAAAGGAUUGUAAGAAUCCAUGUGUACUGGAGUAGCUCUGUGAGGUGUUCACAGCCUUCUAAUGCAGUCCUGCGUGUUGAUACAGUUCCCGGAGAAAGGAACUGUCAGUAACACAGCAAUGGCACCUUGGCAAGAUAAAGACUUAUGAGACAUUCCUAUCAUGCAUUACUGUACAGUAACCAUGCCUGACACACUAUCCAUUCACUUUUGAAUAUAUUUAUUUGAUCUCCUUGUUUUUUUUUAAUUAGUUUUUUUUUAUGUUUGUUAAUAACUAAAUGAUAAACUCUCAAAUAUAGUAUAUAGAAAUAUACAAAAUACAAUGCCUGUGUUAACAAUGUCCAUCUGUUUGUCUUUAGAAUUUAACACGUCCUUUAUUUUAACAAAUGGCUGUGCUAUAGUAUAGGCACGAUUUAUUUCUACAUUUUUUUGUAUGACAAAACUGAAAUUAUUUGUAACCAGGUUAUGGAAAUUAAAUUAUUUAAAAGUG